CUUUGCUACACUGAUCGUUAAUGCAGGAAGUAAUUGUUUUUAUGUGAUAACAAUACAUGUAAUUAACAGAUUUGACAAUUAAUUAGUUACUGUAUGACUGAUCUAUGGAAAGUGAAACCAGAUAUGCAAUCGGAAAUGAAGAAGAGUCUGAAGAUGAAGAGCUGCUUAUUGCCAUAUCUGAAUUUCACCCUCAUUCAGAUAAUCAGCAUCAGCUUGCCCUAAACAAAGGCCAAGCAGUGAGAGUUCUAAAGAAGUCCAAUGAGAACUGGUGGUGGGCUAAUGUUGAUGGGCGUGAGGGCUAUGUUCCUGUCAGCUAUCUCAACAAGGGGAAACAAGUACAGUGGCAAGAUGAGGAAUACUUUGGGAAUUAUGGAAAUCUGAAGCUUCACCAGGAGAUGUUAGCUGAUAAGCAAAGAACAGAGGCCUACCUAAAUGCCAUUGUUAACAAUGCUGAGUGUCUCCAACACAAGGUGAUUUUGGAUGUGGGAUGUGGUACAGGAAUACUCAGUAUGCUGUGUGCUAAACAUGCUCAACCCAAGAAGGUGUACGCAGUGGAAGCAAGUGACAUGGCAUUGCAUACCCAGCAACUUGUGGAGAAAAACAACUUAACCAUGACGGUAAAAGUCCUGCAUGCAUUUGCUGAGGAUGCAGAACUUGACGAACCAGUGGAUCUUAUUGUUUCAGAGUGGAUGGGGACAUUUCUCCUUUUUGAAAUGAUGAUAGAGGCAGUGAUCACAAUGAGGGACAGAUAUCUAAAGCCGGGUGGUACAAUAUGGCCCUCCACUGCAAACUUGAUCCUUGUGCCUUGCUGUGCUAACGACCAGUAUAAGAUGAAUAUGGAGUUCUGGGAUAGCCAAUAUGGCUUAGAUUUUUCAUACCUCAGAGGGCUGGCUAAAGAUGAUCUCAUCCAGAAACCAAAGCAUGACUAUGUCUUACCCAGAGAUGACUGUCUCGCACUAGAACAAGAAAUUUUAAAGCUGAACAUAAGAACCGUUGCUAUCGAAGACCUAGAAGAACAGACUUGUAAAUUUGAAUUUACUGUUCAGAAGGAUGAGACUAUGCAUGGAUUUUGUGCUUGGUUUGAAGUAGAGUUCCAUCCCCUGAGUAAGGACGCUGACAUGGUUUCACUCAACACUGGACCGGAUCAUGCGUUAACGCAUUGGAAACAAGACCUAUUUCUACUUGAUGAGCCAAUACUGGUAAACUGUGGUGAUGUCAUAUCUGGGCAUGUGACCAUCUCUCGAAACCCGAAAUUCCGUCGACACCUUCGGGCAUCAUAUGAUUUCUCGUUGACAUCGCCAGAUAAUGAAACACAGAACGAUGCCAAACAUAUACAAAAGAUGUUCUACAUAUGGAGAUAGCAAAUACAGUAAAGAAGUGUGAAACCUGUUUUUGAGCCACUUUUACCCUGGAUUUACCUUUACAAUCAUGUAACACUUGUGCAAUAAAGCUAUAUAUUUAUUUGGUUGAAACAGUACUUUUUAGUUUUAUUUGAUUUUCGAAGAUAUAAAAGUUGAGUUAUUGUCAUACUCUUGUUGUUGUUGCCUCGCUGUAGUGCAAAACAUUAACCUUGGCUAUAACUAAGAAACAGUUUGAGGUAUUUAAAUGAAAUGUGGUAGACAUGUUACUAGAGACAAUACCCACAUGUACAGCAAGGCCCUUAACUCUGGCUUAAAUACUUAUUAAAUUAUGUCCUAAUCAGACUGAAAACCUAGACAAGCAUUGGUGCUCGCUCAGCGGCAUUCUUUUUAAAAUAAAAACUAUCCAUUAGAAUAAGUGUUAAGCCCAAUCAAACAAAUGUUAAAUACAAUUGAAGAACUUUAUAAAAAAGACAAAAACAAAAUCCAAAAAUGUGAAUAGAUCCCACAGAGUUAAGUGGCAAGCAUAAAGAUGUGCAAUGUCUUGCUUACUGGGGAAUGUCAAUUUGAAGCUGCUUUUGAAUAUAUUGUAAUGUGGUUUAACCUGCUAAAUGUCUCUCAUUGAUCGAUUCUUAAAUGUUUUGAUUGGUGCUAUCAUAUUAUAUGCGAAUGCUAUUAUGUAGGUACAUGUAUAUUGCUUAUUGAGAGACUGACUCAUAGAUUUAAUACAGUUCUAAAUGGUUUCGGAGAAAAAAAAAUAUUGAAUUUUUUUUUUAAGUUGAAAUACUAGACGUAGAGAUUGUAAUUAUUGAAUAUUUUUAAUGAUACCAGUCAUAUUUUUUUUUGGAAAAACUGCCUUCACAAUACUAUUUUACCAUUUUGUUUGCCUUUUCAUUAAGACGGUUUUGACCCUCUAAGCUCUAGAAAUUGUUAUUAUUUAGGUCAGUUUAAGUAACAAUCCUGUUUACUCAUCGAUAAUAUUAUUUUAUUUUAAUCACAGUUCAUUAUACACAUGGCUGUCAAACUAGAGCUAUUUUGGAAUGUUUGUCAUGUUCUGGUGACAAAUCUUGUUUUAAACUUUGAAACGUAUUCAGCAGUAAGCAACUACUUAAAUACACAUAAAUAAGUGUUAACAGUUCCAUCAGUGUAGAUGAUUGACAGUACAGUUGUCAUUUGUGUCCCUUUGGAGUAUUUUAAUGUCCCGUAGCAUGUAAUCUUUAAAUUGUUUUACUGGUGUGUUUUACACAACAUAAGUAGGGUUAUUUUACUAUUUAUUGGACUAUUCGAUGUUUAUGUUUUAUGCAAGCACAUUUAAAAAAUUAUUUUAGUAAUGUUUAUUUUGAUGUUAAUACUGUUAACACCAUGUUUUGCUAAAACACAGCAGCUUUAUUCAAGAGUUAGAAGGCAAUACAAUCCCAGAUCUUUAAGCAAUCCGUAAUACUUGUAUACACUGUAUUUAAUUUUCAAUAAAAGAUAAAUAGUU